AUGGCGGACAACCCUGUGUCCCCUCCUGCCCAUCAGGUUGCCGGUGGUGGUAGUAGGCCCCUCGGUAAGCGUGGGGACAGAGGCCGCAGGAACGUGCCGGCAAGAGAAAGGGGCAGAAAAAAAAAUUGUCGUACCUGCGGUGAGACUGACCAUGAAACGGCCGAGCAUUUUGAAUGGGCGAUGAUGAACGCUAUCAAUGCUUUGACCGGUGCGCGCAAGGAACGCCUGCAGGCUAAACGCACCGUUUCGUCUGCGUCCAACAGCCAGGUUGCUCCGGCAGCCCAGGGAGGAAGACAACGACGGGAAAACAAACGGGGCCAACGCCCGCCUCCUGGCGAGCGUAAGCGUCGACGGGCUGCCGAGCAGCAGCAACAGCGGGAGAUUGAGCACCUUCCAGCUCUCACCUUGCAGGAGCGCGGUCAGGAACAGCCGUACCCGCAGCACCAACAGCAGCGGGAGGUUGAACAGCGUCCAGUUCUCACCUCGCAGGAACCGGCCCAGGAAGCGGGAUUUCCCGUCCCAAUGAUCCAAGAGCCGCACCCGCAUACUCACCAUCAGGGGCAUGAGGGACCCCAGGUCCUGCCCCGGCGAGUCAAUGAACCGCCUCUAUCCCCUCCCAUGGAGGAUGAGCCCUCGGAUGCUAAGGAUUUGCUUCGGACAGUUCGAACAGCGACCUUUCACGGUAACACGUCCCUUGCCAAAUUCCUAGCGACAAAAGGUGCCUGUGUCUCUGGACAGGGUCUCCGGCAAGGAGCUCGCACCUCAACGUGGUGCUGGAGUCUAUUAGCCAUAUGGCAAAGCCAAGACGAGCUCAAAUUAUGUAAUAUAACGGUGUGGUUCCUCUUUGGAGAGGAAAAGUAUUUGGACAGAAUUCUCUAG